UCGGCCGCCCCGCCCCCGACCCCGGAAGUCGGCGGCUGGCUGUCCGCCGCGAGGUCCGGCCCUGCGCCCGCGCCUGCUGCGUCCUGCGCUUGCCCGUCUCCUGUUGAGAGUGCUGCCCGCGGAGUCCAGGGAUGUACAUGCAGGUGGAGUCACGCACCAGCUCCUGCCUCCAUCUGAAGAGGGCUCCAGGCAUCAGGUCCUGGUCUCUGCUUGUUGGAAUCUUGUCGAUUGGCCUGGCUGCCGCCUACUAUAGUGGAGACACUCUGGGCUGGAAGCUCUUCUAUGUCACGGGCUGCCUGUUCGUGGCCGUGCAGAACCUGGAGGACUGGGAGGAAGCUGUCUUCAACAAGAGCACUGGGAAGCUUGUGCUGAAGACGUUCAGCCUGUAUAAGAAGCUGCUGACUCUUUUCCGAGCUGGUCACGACCAAGUGGUGGUCUUGCUGAAUGACAUCCGGGACGUGAACGUGGAGGAGGAGAAGGUUCGCUAUUUCGGGAAGGGCUACGUGGUGGUGCUGCGGCUCGCAACGGGCUUCUCCCACCCCCUCACCCAGAGUGCCAUCAUGGGCCACCGCAGUGACGUGGAAGCCAUCGCCAAGCUUAUUGUCACCUUCCUGGAGCUGCACCGCCUUGAGAGCCCCGUGGAGCUGUCUCAGAGCAGCGACAGUGAGACCGAUGGCCCCGGGUGCCGGAGCUGACGCCCGCAGAGCUCUGGACUUGCUUCUGGCGGCAGCCUCUUGGGCCUCAGGGGCCACAGGUCUUCCUCCAGAGCCUGGCUGUGCCCCUGGCAGCCCCAGGGUGGGACCCUCCUCCGUUCCUUCUGCUUGCUUCCGUCCUCUGAGCAAACCACAGGCUGGACCUUCUUUCUCUGUAGGCUUUGAGGUGUCCAGGGAGGGCCUGAGCCUCAGAUCUGCUGCUUCCUGGCAUCAGGCGACUCCAGCCCGGGCAGCGUGGGGACCAGGUCUCUGGAAUGGGAAGGAUGCCCAGGCUCCCCAGGGUGGGGGAGGGAGGUUUGCCAGCACUCGCUCCCUGCAGGCUGUUGAGGCCCCAGUACAGCAGGCGAGCGUAGGGCCCGCAGCUGGGCCAGGUUCUGAGGAUGCCUACGCUGGCGUGCCGUCCCCAGCGCGCCCUGCAUGCAGCCUCCCUUCCCUGGCUGGAUGUCCUCACUGGUUAGAGGUCCUUGCCCAGGAUCUGCAGGGCCCAGGGUCCUGUCUGGCUGUGUUCACUGCAGCCGUGCCCGAGGCCUCCCCGGCUCACAGACCACAGUCUCCAGCCAGGACUGCAGCUGGGCCGUCACAGGGCAGGGAAGGCCUCAGCCUAGGAGAAGUCUGCGGGUCAAGAAGAGGCUUUCCUGGCUUCACGGUGGGCCUAAAUGAGGGCAUCUCCCUUAGGAAUCAGGUCCUGGCUCCCUGAAACCAGGCAAGAAGUGGGCUGGGCCCACAGCUGCCCCUCAGUGGGGCCCAGGGCCGCAGGGUGGCGAGGGCCCCUCUGAGCGGGCACUCAGGAGGCUGUGUCUAGGAACGGCCAGGACACGGAGCGCCACAGUGUCCCCAGGCCCUGGGUUAGUGAGGACAGCAGUUUCGAUCUAGGAAGCAAGAGAAACGAGACUCUCCCCCUUUUCAGUGGUGGCUGCUAACUAGUCCUAAGUUGGGGACGCGGUCAUUUAUACAGCCAGAGUUAGGGUUUUAAGUGGUUAAAUCUGAAAGCUGUUUUCUAAAAUAAAGUAUGAAAUGCCGUAA